AUGGAGUGGACAAUGGAACAUAACAUAAUUUAUUGUCGAGAUAUUCUGUUGGUAAAUCCAUUCCAAAGCAAGAAGGGAUCAGUGGAACGAGGUAGCCUAUGGACACAGAUUGCUGACAACAUGAAUUCUUUGGUGAGCCCUAAGUUUAUUGUGACACAAAGAUCAGUUCGAGAGCACUUGGCAGUCUUGCAGAAAAAGUACCAAAAGAAAAUGAGACAGGAAGAGGAGGCAAGUGGUAUCUCUCCAGAGAAAACAGAGCUUGAUAUCCUACUUGAGGAGAUUUAUGUAGCUGAGCAGAUUGGUGAAGAAGAGCAAGAAGAAGCAAGCCGAAUGAAUCAAGAAAAAACUGACCAGGAACAAGCAAGAGCAGAUGAUGUGAGACGGACUGCAAUGGAAACAUUCGCAGAAACUCAAAAACGAAAUGGCGAUGAAAAGGAGAAAAAAACGAAAAGGAAACGAAGAAGUGGAGGAGAGAUGGUGGAUUAUUUGAAGGAAAAAUUCGAGAGUGAGCAAAAGGUGCGAAAAGAGGAAAUGGAAGUCAAAUACAAAAUGUUAGAAUUGGAGGAGAAGAAACACACUGCAAACGUGGCGAUGCAGAAGGAUGCCAGCAAGCAACAAAUGGAGAUGCUACAUGCAAUGCAGGACCAGAACAUCCAACAGCAGAAACAGCAGCAGCAGCAGUUUCAACAACACAUGCAACAAACUGCAAACUUGCAAAUGAUGCUCAUGCAAAACCAGCAGGAGCAGCAACGGGCAAUGCUAGAAUUUUUUAGUAAACUAACUAACAAGAACUGA